AUGUUCUCCAAGGUCCUGUGUCUCGUCGCUAUCGUAGCUUCCUUGGAGGCGGUAUACGGUCAUGGUCAUGGCUACUCCUCCCAGUACAUCCAUCGUCAUGACGGUCCCGCAGAAGUCGUCCAUGUCCAUGGCCAUGAUGGCGGUCAUGGUGGAUAUGGUCAUGGCCACGGACACGAUGGUGGUCAUGGACACGUUGACUACUAUGCGUACCCCAAAUACGAGUUCGGUUACAAGGUAGAAGACCCCCACACCGGCGACAUCAAGUCUCAGCAUGAGCACCGCGACGGUGACGUCGUCAAGGGCUACUACGCUCUCCACCAGCCCGAUGGCUCCAUCAGACACGUUGAAUACCACGGCCCGAGCGUAAGGCGCGUAGCGUUCCGCGCGCGCCUCAAAGAGCCAUUCGACCACCACAGACGGGGCCCUAAAGGGCUGAUGUUCAGCCGGGGUUGCGGGGUAAGCGCAAUGAGGUACCGCGACCUCGGCACAGAGCAGGAGAAGGAACAGGGGAUCUUUCUUUUCGCCGCUGUAGUUGCGUUGGCCGCCGCGCGGCCUCAAGACGGUCAUGGUCACGACCAACACCACGGUCACGGUCACGCCAUCUCAUCACAGAGCAUCGUACUGCACCACACUCAAGAGAUCAAGCACCCCAUACACCAUCAUGAGGAGCACCAUGAAGAACAGUACCAUCAUGACAACCAAGAACAACAACAAGAUAACCACCAUUACGAGGAACAGCAACAUGACGAGCACCAAUACGGUGGACACAACCUUGAGGUGUACCACAAUAACGACUACCACCACCAAGAACAAAACCAUGGGGAACAGCAUCACGAAGAGCAACAUCAUGGAGAACAGCACGGCCACGCCUCCUCUGCCCAGAGCAUCAAGCAGUAUCAUGGGAAGGCCACUGAAAAACACGUCGAGUACUAUGCUCAUCCCAAAUACGAGUUCGCGUACAAGGUUGUGGACCCUCACACCGGUGACAAGAAAUCCCAGCAUGAAGCUCGUGAUGGUGACGUCGUGAAGGGCGUGUACAGUCUGCAUCAACCUGAUGGUUCUAUUAGGAUCGUGGAGUACCACUCCGACAAGAAGGCCGGAUUCAACGCUAACGUGAAGUACGAAGGUCACGCCAUCCACAUAGUUCCUGAGCAUCACCACCACCACUGA